ACAAGCCAUAUCCAUAUGAGCGUCAAACACCAAGAUGUCUGCGCUCUUCGGCUUCAGGUGGUGUGGAUCAAGGUCACAGAUAUUGUUUAAUAUCUAUAGAAAAAGUUUGCAGGCGCAGGCAUCAAAGAGGCUGAUCCAUAAAACUGCAGGCGUCUUAUCGGUUUCCGACUCUGAAUUUACUGCAGCUCAGGAUAGAUUGAACUCAUUGAAAGAAGACCCAGGUAACGAAGUGAAGCUUCAGAUAUAUGCCCUAUACAAACAGGCAACUACUGGCAAGUGCAACAUCUCUAAACCAGGAGCUUUUAACAUUGUCGCGAAGGCGAAGUGGACUGCUUGGGAUUCUUUAGGCGAUAUGUCACAGGACCAGGCGAAAGAGAAAUAUGUUGGCAUCGUCAACGACCUCGCUGGACAGGAAGGAGGUGAAGCAGAGGUGGCCUCAAUAUCAGAAGGAGAUCUGUCUUUCACUGGACUCAAGUAUACAGUGGAGAAUGGGGUAGCAACCAUUACUCUCAAUAGACCUAACAAGAAGAAUGCUAUAACCUUGGAGAUGUAUUCAGAAUGGGCAACUGCUCUUGAUACAGCUGGAGCGGAUGACAGCGUGGUCUUGGCUCUAAUUACAGGUGCUGGUGACUUUUAUAGUAGUGGGAAUGACCUCAACAACUUCAUGAAAAUAGACCCGAGUGUUUUAUAUGAAGAAUCUGUGAAGGGUAGCAACCUGCUCGAGAGAUAUGUUAAUUCAACUAUAGAUUUCCCCAAGCCUUUGAUUUGUGCUGUUAAUGGUCCAGCGGUUGGUAUCGCAGUCACGACGCUGGGGCUAAUGGAUGUUGUCUAUGCUUCAGAUACGGCAACGUUCUAUACACCUUUUGCAGCACUUGGUCAGAGUCCAGAAGGUUGUUCAUCAUACACAUUCCCCAAGAUGAUGGGAUCAGCUAAGGCCAAUGAGUUCUUGCUGUUUGGUAAGAAGUUGAACGCGCAGGAAGCUUUUGAUCGUGGUCUGGUCACAGAGGUCAUUCCUGCUGCUCAGUUCAGAGAAACGGUGGACAGCAAGGUCAAGGAAUAUGCUCAACUUCCAAGAAAUGCCUUGAGACUUGCCAAGAAUCUGAUCCGGGAGACGGAGAAAGAGCACCUCCAUAAGGUGAACCGAGCAGAGUGUGACCUUCUUAUUGAGAGAUGGACAUCAGACGAGUGUGCCCAAGCCUUAAUGAACUUUUUCUCCAAAUCAAAACUAUAAAGAUAAUCCAACUCCUGAUUACUCUUCUCUCCAUGUUCACAAAUGUUUGCAAAUUUAAUUAUCACCAUAGAGAGCUUCAGUUGUUUCUGGAAGCCGUGCUGGGAGCUUUUUAUGUUGAUAAUCAACUUUGCAGAAUUAUGUUGCGCACAAGUGCCAAUCCACCGAUGUGCACUCAAUACUUUACACAUAAUUUCAUGCCCAGAAGUGUAAAUGUAUUGUAGACCUUCCUGUUGGCAUUAAUAUUUCUCAGUUUUGACGUUUAUUUGGGUUUUACAUCAGGGUUAAAAUUAUUCAUUCAUAUGGCGAGCAAAUAUUAGAAUACCAGUAUAUUACCCUAUAAACUCAAACAAUGUCCUUCUAUUGAUGUGUUGAAGAAGAUGCUCAAAUUUCAGAUUUAUAUAUAUAUAU